AUGGCUUCCUUACAGUCUGCGCCCCCGCGCACAAAGUCUCUCUCGACACUAUUGGAGGGUCUCACCUCAUGUCUUACCAGUGCGGCAUCUUCUCUUCCUGCUUCCCAUAAGAAGGACCCGACCGAUGCCUCAAUCGAACCUCCGCAAGAUGGCAUUUCCCUCCUCGAUUCAAAAAGCGAAAUUAUCCUUUCCUACCUACACAACCUUGUGUUCCUGAUUAUUUUCCAAUUGCGACAAAAGAAAGAUGGCUUGAACAGCUCGAAUGAAUCUCCAGACAACUCGCUGCAAGAUGAGACCAUUAAUAAAUUGGUUGAGCUGCGAGUAUUCCUUGACCGCGGUGUCCGCCCAUUGGAAGCGCGACUAAAGUACCAGAUUGACAAGGUGGUGAAGGCAGCAGAGGAUGCAGACCGGACAGAGCGCCCCGCUCGAUCUAAGAAAUCCUCCAAGACCAACAAGGCCAAUGGAUUUGGGAGUGAAGGAGAGUCCUCGAGUGAAGAGGACAGCGACGAGGAUGAUGAGGAUAUGGACGAGAUGGCGUACCGCCCCAAUGUUUCCGCAUUCUCAAAAGCCAAGGUGGAUGCUCAACAAUCACGCCAAGCUCAAGUCAAGUCGGACGCCCAAGAAAAGCCAAACGAUGGCAUCUACCGCCCGCCAAGAAUCAUGCCUACUUCCCUACCGACCACCGAACGCCGGGAGCGCGAAGACCGCCGACCCAAACGAUCCAAUGUCAUUGAUGACUUUGUUACUGCGGAGAUGUCAUCGGCACCUAUGGCCGAGCCCAGUAUUGGUAGCACCAUCAUCGCUGGUGGACGAGAGACCAAAACCAAGAAGGACCGAGAAUGGGAAGCCGAUCGCAACCGGUACGAAGAAUCCAACUUUGUUCGUUUGCCCAAGGAGACGAAGAAGGAGAUGUCCAAACGACGUGGAACCGAUCGCCAAACGUAUGGUGGAGAUGAGUGGAAGGGCCUUACUGAAGGCGCGGAUCGCAUUGAGCGUCUUACUCGCAAGGGCAAGAGUGGUGGUGCUGCCUUGGAUAAGAGCAGGAAGCGCAAGAAUGAAGAUGGACAGCGCGGCGAUGGUGUCGGCAUGGGAGAGAUCUUUAACAAGCGUCGGACAAAGGUUGAUAACUGGAAGCGGUAA